UACCCAGGAACAGCUGCCGUCGGGGCGUGAUGACCUUUUUGUCUCCCGGCGGUCAGGUACGGAGAGAGGGGGGCGGAGACAAAGGAGGGGCAGCCUCGUAUCGGACUGGGUCCCGACGUCCCGGACAAUAAAUGACCGUGAGCCGACAGAGAGCGGCGGUGUAAGGCGAGUUUCCUUUUAUUCUCAGCACGGCUGCCAAUAGAGCUGCCUCCAUUCUCACAGUGCUUUAAAAGGAGCCAAGAGGCGCGCUUCAUCCUCUGUGUCAGUAGCCUACAUUUUAUGUCUCUGGGAGGAUGAGGGAGUCCUGUUGACACCACGGAGAGAUACACGCUGAGACCGAGCAUGGCUGUGGACGGUAAGAGCGCUCACUGUCUCUGCAGCAUCUCAGCGGGACAGUUUUCUGCAGACUUUUGUUCGGAUCUUACUUCGGCAUCCAGCUUCAGUUUUUGCCGUGCCUCCCUGGAGCACACGCUGUCUGCUGAGGAGCUGAGCUACCAGCUGCCGCGUCGGGCCGGAGGCAGCAACCUGACCUGGCACGACGGCCGCGGCCAGAAGACAUCACACACACGCACCGUAAAAUUGCUGCAGCAGCCUGGCACAGAGGGCAUCCAGCUGCAUCCAGGUGAAGCCUUCACCGUCUAUCACACCAGUCCUACACUGUCCUGUCUCUCCAAACCUGUGGUGCUGUGGACUCAACAGGAUGUCUGCAAGUGGCUGAAGAAACACUGUCCUCACAACUACCUGACCUACGUAGAGGCCUUCUCCCACCACGCCAUCACAGGACGAGCUUUGCUGCGCCUGAACGGGGAGAAGCUAGAGCGAAUGGGAAUUGUGCAGGACUCCCUGAGGCAGGAGGUCCUCCAACAAGUCCUUCAGCUGCAGGUCAGAGAAGAGGUCCGCAACUUGCAGCUACUUAGCAGAACCUCCUUUGGAAAUUUCUCUUAGCUCAUCCCAGGAUGUGUUUGGCAGUCCUUCCCCUCGUCUCCUGUCACAAUGCAUCUCCAGGAGCAGCGGAAGAGCUGCUAUCUCCAGAUAUGUGAGAAUCAACGAGUGAAAGUGGGGGGAGGACAAGCCUAUAGACUGUAUGCCAACUGGUCUGGAGGAUUCUCAUUCGAUGCAGCCAAUCUGCUUUACAGGCGCCGUGACAGAGACAAAGAGCCGUUCAAAGCAGGGAGACCCUCUGCAAAAAAGAUUCAAUAUUCUAGUGAUGAUCCAGACCUGGAACUGGGGUGAUCAUUGCAAAUGUCCCUUUUGAUUCGUAUCUCAUUUGGAUUAACCCGACUGGACAGCACUGACAGGAAUAUGGGUUUUCGACUUAAGCUUUUAAAAAAUUGGAUUCAUAGAGAUCCGCUUUAAUUUAGUUAAAUGAAUAGUUCUGUGGAGCAUUUAUGAGCAGUUAGAAGCUUGUCUGUAGCAGAUAGCUCUCUGAACACCUUUAGUUUGGAGAUCCAGAGGAUAGUUUUACUUGCAGAAUCAGUCGAACAGCUGGUCAGGACGUGCUAAGUUGAAAGGCAAAUUUUUGCAAUCUUAAAACAAUUUGAUCUAAGUAAUCCUUGUGAUUCAUUCAAACACUGUUAUAGAAACAUAAGACAUUAACAUAUGUCUUUGUGUCUGUGUGUGUGAGCAACGUAGGCCUCACCAAUAUGUAAAUACCCAUAUCCAUAAUAUUUUUGGUUCAGUUAAACCAAAGCAUUUCUAUUAGAGAUAAAUAGUGUUCACUACAGCAUCAUAUAGACUAUAAAGUGGUGGUGUUUACACUGUUAACACUGUGAAAAAAAGAAACAAUUACCUGAAAAGAAGGAAUUAAGGGAAUUCUCAAAACAGUUAUAAAUACUUGUUGUUUCUGAGAAAUAAUUUAUCCAAACAUGGACGACACCAGUCUACCUAUGCCAUAUUUCUAAAAAACAGGCAUGGUUACUGUUGUUAUUGUUUUUCUUCCUCUGCUUGUGAUCUGACUCGCUGUUGUUUUAAUCUGCUGUGUGUUUUAUGUCACCCUUUGAAUGGGAGUUUUAUUGUUUCCGACAGUGCACAAUCAGCACGGUUACAAAAACCUGGGCUCCAUGGAAAACCCAGUAGGUAAGUACAGAUGACAAUUUAAGAGACGCAGGGUUCGUGGAUAAGCAGAUAGUAAAGCGGACUAGGAGCUAUUCAUUUGGCUGGCUUUUAUUUUCGUACUGUAGAGGUAUAUGGUUAUUUUUCACUAAGAACUUGGUCAAGUAAAAGUAAUCCUCCAUAUAAAACUUGGUUAACUAACCACUUUCUGUUAAACAACCUGGAAGAGUAGUUGUCUGAUGCAAAAAAAAAAAAAAAACAAUAGAGCAGUGUAACAUAAUGAUCAUUUUAAAAGAGCUCAUGUAAACUAGAUUUAUUUUUAUUCUGUUUUGCAAUAUGAGUUUUCGAACAAGUAUGCCAACUGCCCAAAGGGGUACUGUAUCUGCUGCAGGUGAGAUAUUGACUGCUCAUAACCUCUCCACAGAAUACCAUAAACAGAUAUCUGAACUAUCCCUUUAAGCUUAUCACACCAAUGAUUAUUUUACAUGUUUUUAAAUCAGGAAAUUCCAGCAUAAUUUCUUGACUCAUGGUGUGAAUACAUAUGUACAAGCAACGCUACUAACGUAAGAUGACAGAACCUUUCAAUUUACAACACUUUGAGAUGAAUGUCAUUUCUAGCAUAAUCCUUUUUGUAUUGUGACCUUUCUGCAGUAUAUUAUUUAAAAAUUGACCUUUAUCUAUAAUUGAGUUUAGUAGAAUAAUAUACACUAUAAUUUGUGUAUUUGUGAUUUUUUAAUGAAUUUCAUACAAGGGUCUUAUAGGGUUAACACAAUCCUUCCUUACUGCUUAGGCCUGAUAAAGUAAUCAUUUGGAUGGUUAUAGGUAAAUGAUAAAGGACUGUCUGGUAGCUAAAUUAAGAAAUAAUUUCCACAGAUUUGGGAGGGUCUGUCUAGGGAAAGGAAGUAAUUUGUGUGUGCAGCUUAACAAUGUUCAUCAUCUGUCACUUGCAGACACUGAGAAAGAAAAUACAGCCUUCUGUUGUAUUCUGUUGUAUUCUGUCCUGCUUCUUUCCCUGAGAUGACACUGACAUUUCUAAAGCUAAGAAAGCAAGACUGCCAACAACGCACCAGAUGCAAGAUUCCCAAAGUGACUCAAGCCAGAUCUGCAGAUGUAACUCCAGGCAGUAACUCUCAGCUUUGUAGAAUGACGGUUUUCAUGUCACAUAAAUGAAUAAAAUAAACAAACAUCCAGUGAGGAAAACAUGCUCAUCCAACAUUCUUCCAUGCAUCCUUUAACAGGGAGCCGCAGGGAAAAGUAAGUGACUGACUGUUAAAAGACAGAAUACACUGUUUUAUUUUUAGAUGACCUAAUGCACUGUAAAUAUCCACACAUUCGGUGUAUGUUCACUGACUAUUGAUGAACUGUUUGAAAUGCAGAAAAAUGAUAACUUGUUAAUCUGCAUUACAGAUUCAAACAUAAAUGUAUGUAUAGAACAUAAUGACAACUGUCUUUUUUGAAUAAACUUAAGGAUAAACAUUG